AAGAACAAUUUUCAGAUUGCGACAGACCCAACUUCAACUUUCUGUGGCCAAAUGGCGCGGAAGGAAAAUAGCCAAUCCCCUUUUGAAUCCCUUCAUGAAUCACGUGUUCUGUCACAUGCUGGUACACGUGAUUGACCUGACCUUGUAGCUUUGAUGGACAGUUUCCAAUGGUAACAACCUAAAGGGGCGAUGGAAGGGAAGCUGAUCGAAGUGACGUACCUUAUCAUGUGAUGUUCGUUGUCCUCGUGGUUUAUUUCGUCGUUUCUCUCUUCUUGUUCACAUGACCAGUUUGUUUGACCCCAUGACCACGACUCCGCACUCCAGUUCUCCGACUCUGGACAUGCUCGACGGGUCUUUGGACCCUGAGAAAAAUUCACCAUUACAAGAUCCCAAAGGAUCCGAUCCAAGCCAAGUACCCGAGCCAGAAACUGUGACAGUGACGGUUUCGACCGUUUCUGACGAACAAACUGCAGCUGCUCUAGUCGGACAACAAGCGAGUGCUGCUUUUGGUGAUCCAGGUACCCUUCAGUUCCAGUACAGGCCCGACACAAACGGUGUACAGGCAACGGGAUUCAAUGGCGGCACGCAACAAAUUCGAGUUGUCCAAGUCCAAGCAGCCGAUCCUACUGGCGAACGGGUAGAUGCUGCGACGGCAGCGUUCGCUCCGCAAGUGCAAACUGUCAUCCAAAGCCCGUUCAGCAAUGGUUCUUCUCCAACACACACAGUCGAAGCUGACGGGGCCGCAGACGGAGCAAGAUUCACGUACUUUCAGCCGGCAGACGCGGCUGCUACAGCGACGGUGGUUCAGGCUGGCGGAACUGAUUCUUUAGAAGCUAGCGCUUACACGGUGAGAAACAUUCCAGUGUCGCUCACACAGCCUUCGUCUCCUUCCCAAAUGCCGAUUACAAUGGCCGAGGCCCAAACCAUCACGACAGUUGGGACUGCGGCAGGUGGGUUCUAUGUUAUGAUGUCGCCCCAAGAUGUUAUGCCAGGAGGAAAUCAGAGGAACAUUGCUCCAGCUAUAACUCACAAAAUCACAACAAAACUUGACGCUCCGAGAACUGCCAGAGACGAAAAGAGACGAGCAACUCACAAUGAAGUUGAGCGUCGCCGCAGAGACAAGAUAAACACAUGGAUCAACAAACUGGCUAAAGUAGUCCCUGAAUGUUGUCAAGAGCAAUCCAAAGCUGGGCAGGUCGGUGGAUCACAGAAUAUAAGUAAAGGUGGGAUUCUAUCAAAAACAGUGGAUUAUAUAAAUGAGUUGAAAUCACACAAUGCAAGAAUGGUGGAAACCAUCAAGGACAAUGAAAGGUUGAAUAUAGACACAGAGCUUUUACGACAGCAAGUCGAGGAGCUUCGACAAGAAAAUGCAUUGCUCAGGGCACAGUUGCAGCAGCAUGGAAUUGAACUUUCCACAGGGCCAUAGAGCCUCUAAAUGUUCAUGUUCCUUCCAUAGUUUAUUGCUUUUCUGUGUAAAGACAUCCCUCUGUAUACUUGCAUAAACAGCCUGUGUGGCGGCACUCCUUUUCAGAAUUUCCAAGAUUGCCAUCGGAAUUUCCUCCUCUUGUGUGCAGUGAAUUUUUACAGCAGACUCUAUUUUUAAUCAAUACUUGUCAAUCCUAAAGAGAUCUGAUCCUUUACUGUCGCAGCCUGUGUUUGCCGCAGGUCUCGUUACUGUAGUGGCAAGAGGUUAUGUUUCAUGCUCCAAACAAAGAUGUGUAAAUGUGUUUACCUUGUAGAAAGUUAUGUACAGAGAGAUGUGUUAUUUUAGUGUAAAACAAAUGCAGUCAACCCAGGUGGGGAGACUUUUGAAAGUGAUAGGAUGUUCCUUGUAUCCUUAAAGAUGAUUUCUAGUCUGUACUAUGCAGUCUCAUCACCCAUGUUUGCGAGUCUCACUCAGUGGGAUGCGAAUCUAUGUUGUUCGUUACAAACCACUUACCUUAUCUUUGAGGCAAUUUAAAUUCUUUUUUUCAACAAUUUCUUUAAUUUUUAGAGCCAUGAAGCUGUAUCAUCCAUUAAUAGCAGUCAUGAAACUUUGACUUUACCUCUUGUAAGUUGCUACAGAAUGUCACAUUUUGUGACAUCGUACCUGAAUCAAAACAAAAACGUGAAUAAACUCUCCAGAGUGCACAAGGGUCUGCACAAUUCAAACUGGAAAUCAUCUUCAAGGUGUGGAAAUGCUUCCUUUGUUACCACUUUGGGUGUUCAAUUGAGUUAUUGUUCUACCUAUUGGGAUGUAAACUGUGCAAGUGGAAAAAGAGUGCUUGAUACAUUGGACCCAGUUGUUCAAAAGAAGGGAAUUCUUAUGCACUGGAUAUCCCAUAGAUUUGGCAAUCUUUUCCUGCUGUAUAGCUUGCACUGGUCAUGGUAUUCUUCUGGGUGCCAAGAGUGCUUUUACUUUCUCUGGUUCUGGUAAAAGAACAUGUGGGGUAUUUCCAGAAUUAAGUGUAAUCUUAUAAUGCUUAUGGUUGUUUUGUAACUUUCAGGAAGCAUCUCUGUCACUUUUUAGAGUCCCUCAUAGAGUAACUGUCAAAGGGAGGGUUUCACAGUUCGUCUCAUGUCUCGAAAUCAAAAUACUUUUGUUCACCUCUUAUCAGUGUUAUCGCUUUAAAACCCCCACUCAGAUGUAGAUCAGUGAUCACUUGCUAUAGUUAGUCGUGGCAGAAUGACAGUUGACCAAAAUUCUCAGAAGAUUCAGUGGAUUUUACUGACACUGUUGACUUUUGAAUUUAGUGUUAACCCCUACCAUUUAUUCUACGGUUGAUGAUUUUACGGCUAUUUGCAUGCAAAAUUAGGUAACUUGCUUGCAAUUGGUUCAUAAACAAUGAAAAACUGGGCCUGUGCCAAAAAGCGAGCACAGGCGAGUAAAUAAUACCGACAUAUGUUGAACUGUAAAACCCUCCCUUUAAGUGGUUCAACAACAGUAGUAAAUUUCAAAGGUUAUGAACUCUUAAUUUUUUUCUUUGUACUUUAAUGAAACAUUAAAUUUAGUUUACUUUUUGUGGUUUUAAAUAGCUUAUGUAGAUAAAUAUUAUGUACAUCUAUGACUUAAUUAAACAGAAUAUGCUGUGACAGCAUCGAGACA